AUUCUUAUAGCAUCUUUGAAUGAGCUUGGGAUUGAGGAUGGCCACAUUCCUGAUCAGUCUAUGACAGCUUCUUCAAGAUUGGAUAAUAAUCACGGAGCUGGACGAGGACGGCUUAACCAGGGACCUACCGGUUCUCAGGGCACUGCUUGGUGUGCUGGGAAAACUGAAAAUGAUCAGUAUCUGCAGAUAGAUCUCAGUAAGUAUAAUCACCACAAUGUUUACAUGUAAUACCAUCACGAAGCAAACCUGGCAUUCCAGGAAUAUAAUUCGUUAUAGAAUGAGAAAUUACAUGGAAAACGCAGGAUUUAUUUUACAAAUCUUUCAGUGAAACCAAACUGCUGGAAAGUGAAUGAAUUCGUCUCCUUCAAUUGAUGAAAUCCAUAUCAAAUGUAGGACUCUAAGUUUUAAGUUCGUAUAUUUCGUCCAUGAGAAAAUAACUCCAUGCGCGAUUACAUUCAAGUUAUAAAUGAGACCUCACUUUUUAUCUCUUAUAAUCUUAACGGAUAAGAGAAUCAUAGAUCGCUCUGAGUUAGAAAAUCUUUAAUGCAACAUGUUUCGCCGGCAGAGCUAAGAAUCAACAUUUUCAACUACACUUUCUAUCUCUCCUAGUAUAUACCUCGCGAGUGACUCACGUUGCCACACAAGGUCUGAAUGACCCACCAAAGGAAGUAAAUGGAAGCAACAUUAACAGCUGGGUUAAAGAAUAUUCCCUAGAAUAUAGUUCUGACGGGAAAACAUACAAUGGAUACUAUUUCGAUAAGAACUUAAAGGUGAGAUAAUAUUCAACACACAAAUGGCACUGAGCUAUUUUGGAAGACGGACAGGUUGGAAAACUAAUAAGUCAAAUGACGGAUAGAUGGAUGGAUGGUUGAAUGGCUAGAUGUUUUAUAAUCAAUCAAACCAUCCAUGAUAAAAGUUGUUGUUAUUAUUAUUAUUAUUAUUAUUAUUAUUAUUAUUAUUACUAUUUUGUUGUUGUGUUUUAACUCAUGUUUUGUUAACACAUUAUUUUAUAACUCGUGAAUGAAAUCCUUAAGUCGCUGCGAUUGAAAGUCAAGAGUGUUGUGAAACCUAAUAAACCAAUGCUGAGUAUUCAGCUUCAAUGUCGUUUGACAGAGGUGAUCUAAAGCCCAAAGAUUUUUAAGAGAAUGAAAGAGCUAAAGGAAAGAAUUAGGCCGAUGAGCUUCAAUGUAGUUCAGUCUUGUUUGUCAUGAUCAAAACAUCUGGGCUGCUCGUCAUGUUUGAAACUUCAUAACAAACACUCUUGCUAGUUUAUCAUAAACCUUUACUUUAUUAUCACUGCAGUCAUAUCAUUAAUUGUAAUAACCUUUUUUUAAAUUAAGAUUACCUUUUCUUCACUGUUCGUUUUCCUUAGGUAUUCGAUGGCAACAAAGAUGGUGGUUCCAUUUCAUGCUGCGAGCUCCCUUACCCAAUAGUGGUUAGAUAUGUCCGAUUCAGGCCUAUCUCUUGGGUAGACAACAUCUGCUUAAGAGUUGGAAUAUACGGAAUUGGGAAUGUCACGGGUGAGGUUAUCUCAAUAUAUGAAAACAAGUUUCAAAAACACCGCUAAAGACGGUGCGGUGUUCGAUCAACUCUGCUCAACCUCGGAUCAAAAAGGAUCUUGAUCAGUCAAAAAAGGCUAAUGAAUGGACCGAUAAAAAUAUGUCAAAAAGACCAAAGUUACAUAAGUAACUCGGGAAAAAUUGUGAAAGGUUUCGACCAAGGAGUCAUUUUAUAAGUAGGAAGAGCAUUGAACUGACGUGAUACAACUCACCUUGACUCCAGUGAAGGUGACUACCGCACAGGUUAUCGAAAUGUCAGUCACUGUCAACAAAAACAGUCCAAUUCAGGACUAUGAUCACCCGAACGAUCAUGCUCCUCCUACUUAAUUGUAACUCGAGUAAGUAAGUCAAGUCUUUUCAUGCUUUCAUAUCAGCCCUUACAGACAAACAUCCUUAUUUUUAUUAUUUGAAUAUAUCAUUAACUUUACAGAACACCAAAAUCUAUAUAUUUACGAGCCGUUUUAUCUCUUAAACCACUGUAAUAUAAUCAUCUCAUAGUUAUAUCUUACUUUUGCUUUUUUCCGAUAGCCCAUGCCGAAAUAACUGAAGAUGAAAUAGCUAUUCGCCACUACUGGUGGUGUAAGUAGAUUUAUUUACUUUCUGUUGAAUUAACUGUCAUCACAGCUCUUUCACUGGUAUGAAUUCAUUGUAUGCCUUUGAUUAAUAGGUGUACGAUUGACCCUCUCGAGUUACACAGCCGCCCAAUCAGUUGUUGCUAUUGUUCUUGUUGUUUAAUAGUUAGUUUGUUUUUUGUUACAGGGCCUCUGAUGUGGGUUCUUAUUAUCGUUCUGCUUAUUAUUGUCAUAAUGGUCUGCUGCUGUUAUCCUCGAAUUAAAAAGAAGUAAGAUCAGUUGCUUUAUGUAGCCAUUUUUUAUUUCAAUAAACAACGGGGUAUAUAUUCUCCAACUAUGGACAUUUUCGAGAUACGUACAUUAAUUCUAUCAAGGACUACUAUUUAAACCCUUUCCAAAAAAGCAGUUUAUGUGUAAAAAUCAUACAUGACAUGAAUAAUGGUCUAUUUAUCUCCUCUUCACGGUCUCUGUUUGUGAUUUGCAUUUCCGAUCUGAGACAUUUUUUUAAGUAAAUAAAUACGUAAAUACGUACAUAAACAACAGAUUAAAAAACGAAUCAAUCAAUCAAUCAAUCAAUCAAUCAAUAAAAACGUAAAUAAGUGCGUCCCGGUAACGAUCCCAAAGACAAUUGUGGGACGCCUUUUAGCUCCAAUUCCCUUCUCAUUUCUGAAGUGGCGAAUGUCCCUAUUUUCUCUAUUUGGUUCCUUUCUUAGACUAGCUCCUUAUGCUCUUUUGUAGGCGAUCUUUACACCCGAGACCAAGUAAGAAAAGCGAGAGGAAGAGACCAUCGUUUUAUACAAACCCAAUCGCACCACACUCCUCGAUACGGAGUGGGCAAGUAAUAAUUGCUAUGGAGGAGUUACAGGACGGUGCUGUACCUGAAGGGGACUAUGAAGAACCUGAAGACGAAGUACAGGAGGUAGGUGGUGAAUUAUCGGUAGGGAGUUUAAGCAACGACGUUUUUUUGGACCGGAACCGGAAGUGGACUUUUUUCACUCCUUGCCAAACCGCGAUUUUGAACAAAUUCUUGGGCAAAUCGUCUUUGCUUCUUUUCUUUUUGUUUAAUUUUUUCUAUAACAACGUUAUUGCAUUUAGGUUUUUGCCAAUUGCACAAGCUAUGAUUUUUUCGAAAUUGCAAAAUUUUCUAUCGUAUUUCAGGUCGUCGCCCACUUUACCGAUGACGGUUUCUCCAACAAACAUGGCGUCACUCACUUUUCUGUGGCAGAUGAGGACGAAGAUGAAUCUCCUGCGGCCCAACCAGAUAAAGAUCGAAAACGGCAAAGUCAGGAAGUUCCGGAGAACUCUCAGCCCCAGCCGGUCCCCAUAAGAGUCUACGAGACCGAGCCCAACAGAGAAGAUUCAGUUGGUGCGCGGGGAAAACCUCGCAGGGGACCGUCCCAACAUAUAUACGAGACUGUUAAUUAG